AUGAAGUAUACUAUAGUAGAACUCCUAUUAUUCGCAGUAGUGGCCUACGCAUUUUCUGUGCAACAUCUUCUUGAUGGAUCUCCCCAGACCCUCAGUGAGCCAAUCCCAGGGGAGUCUCCUUUAGAAUUGUGUGAUGCAGAUAUCUCUCAGCUUCUCACUUUGAGUUCCGUUAGAAUGGAUCCUGUGCCACCUGAAAGGGGUCAAAAUCUAACCAUCAGUGCUGUGGGAACUUUGAGCAAGCUUGUUGAAAGUGGUGCCUACGUUGAUGUCGACGUCAGUUAUGGCUAUAUUAAGAUCAUUCAUCAGACAUACGAUCUCUGCGAUGAACUUCCACAAGUCGACAUGACUUGUCCACUAAAGAGAGGUUACUAUAAAAUUGAAAAGGAGGUGGAAAUCCCGAAGGAAGUGCCUCCAGGAAAGUAUCUCGUCGUCGCUAGAGCCUAUACCAAAGACGACGAAUUGAUUACUUGUUUGACUGGUGAGGCAGAGUUCCCUCCCUACAAUAUAGUUAGCGGAUUAGGACAGCUCUCAGAUGAGCUCAUGGAUUAG